UACUGAACUACAGUACCCAGUCGGCUCCUCGUGGGUGUAUGAUACAUGAUAAAAUGUAAUUGGAUUUUCAUUAUUUUAUCCUCCUAUACGAUUUGAGAAUACUGCCAUGUCCUAGAACUGACCUUUCUUGGAGAGAACUUGCCUGACAAUUGCACUGGGGUUGCAGUCGCGACGAUGGGCGCCGGUGAGAGUUCGACCAGGAAAGUGUCUUUCGGGCUCGACGAGGACGACAGAGUCAAGGUUUUACAUGGAGUGAAGCUCUCUGAGGAUGUUUUGCAAAGGAUGCGGGACUCUGUGCACGGCCCAGUCUCUCAGGCGAAGCCCACAGGGAGCCCCAAAGGAGACCCAGUCCCACAGCCAGGACCCACUGCGCCCGAGGUGCAGGAGGAGCUCCGUCACAGGUACGAGCGGGUGCAGGAGAUGGUGCAGGAGGAGCUGGCGCGGAUCACGCGGCAGGAGAGGGAGGCGGGGCAGGGGGACGUCAACACCGCCGUGCUACGGGAGAGGGCGCACGGCCGGGACGAGGCGGAGAGGGCCAAACAGCUGCCGGCGGAGCUGGAUGCCUGGGAAAAGCAUCUGGAUAGAAAAGAGGCGGAGCUGAAGAAUCUGGCUGCCUUUUAUAAAGAGCAGCUGACACUGCUGGAGAAGAAGAACCUGGACUACUACAACCUGACGUCCGAGCUGUACCAGGAGGCCGCCACCAAGGCGGAGGCCCACGUGAAGCCCCGGACCAUCUCCCCCAUCUGCACUGGCCUUCAGGCUCAGGUCCUGGACUGUUACCGCAGCAACCAGAAAGAGACGCUCCACUGCUCCAACCUGGCCAAAGAGUACAUGCAGUGCAUUAACGCCGCCAAGAAGAGCCUGCUGGUGAAUCACGGCUGAAGAGGGGGUACCGCCGGCCCCGCCCCCCCGCCCCCCCCCACGCGGAGCGGCACCCGUCACUCCCGAUCAUCUCGCUUGUUUGCGUGGGGGCCGAGCGGCGGGCGGCCCAAAGCAUGCCUCCUCUCCCCCUCUCCUGUGCUCUCUCAGUGUAUUCUCUUGAUUUAUUUUGAAAUUGCACUACUCCAUCCGUCAGGGCGAAACAAAUCCCUCCAAUCCCGAAGAACAAAACACAAAAAAAAAAAAAACAACAAGAGAUUGAAGGAUGGGGCCUUUGUUGUGUGAGCUUUGAAUUUGAAUGCCGAACCCACGAGCGCCUGAACAACGUUGCGGUUGCAGAUUGUAUUUUACUCAUAACUUCAUUAAAGUGUGUCGUCCCCGACAACGA